GAUACAAUCCUGCCAACACAGACUCUAAAUCAAAACAGCAACCUCUAUGCUCGCUACACGGCUACAAAUUACUCAAGUGGUAGAUUCCUGUUUGCACUACAAUCUGAUGGAAAUCUCGUGCUUUACACUACAAAUUUCCCACAAGACACUGCCAAUUCUGCUUAUUGGGCAACCAAUACAAAUAUUGGAUUUCAGGUCAUCUUCAACCAAUCUGGCCUCAUUUACCUUGUAUCCAAGAAUGGAAGCGUACUCGAACCCAUAUUAUCACAUUCACAUCCCACUUCAAUACAAAAUUACUACCAGAGAGCAACUUUAGAGGAUGAUGGAGUUUUGAGGCACUAUGUUCAUCCUAAAAGUGGCUCGAUUGCCGAAUCCAUGGCUUGGUCUACUGCAGUUUCCAUACCUCCAAAUAUCUGCUUGAUUGCGGAACAAAUGGGCGGUGGUGCAUGUGGAAUCAACAGCUUAUGUAGGCUUGGUAAUGAAGGACGACCAAUUUGCGAGUGCCCUCGUGGUUACACCUUGAUUGAUCCAAAUGAUGUGCGCAAAGGAUGUAAACAAAACUUUGUUCCACAAAGUUGUGACCAGGCCUCACCAAAACAUCUUUUUGAUUUUGAAGACAUGCAAAACACAAAUUUUGUUUUUGCAGAUUAUGAGCAUUUUACGGAGGUAACUGAGGAUUGGUGCAGACAGAAUUGCCUAGAUGAUUGUUUUUGUGCUGUUGCAAUUGUCAACUCCAAAGCAGACUGUUUCAAGAAGAGACUCCCUUUUUCGAAUGGGAGGAUUUACCCUGGUAAUGAUGCAAAAGCUCUGAUCAAAUAUGGGAAAGACAACUCUACUUUUUGGCGCGGUGGAGGUGCAAUCACAAAAAAGAAACAUAAUUCAACUCUGAUACUUGUUGUAUCAUUGCUCAUGAGUAGCUCGGGGGUCCUGAACAUCCUCUUACCAUUAAUAACCUAUUUGGUUGUUUCUCGCGUCUAUUCUAGAAAAGCAAAGGUCCUUCAACCUCGUCCAGUCCUGUCAGGCAUGAAUUUGAAGGAUUUCACUUAUGAGGAGCUAAAAAAAGCUACUAACGAAUUCAAGGAAGAACUAGGACGUGGUGCUUCUGCAACAGUUUUUAAAGGAGUUUUAGUGUCUGAUACUGGAAUGUGUGUUGCUGUCAAACGUUUAGACGCUAAGGUCAGAGAAAAUGAUUUGGAAUUCGAAGCUGAAGUGAGUGCUAUCAGCAGAAGAAAUCAC